AUGGCUCGUACGAAGCAAACCGCGCGUAAAUCCACUGGAGGAAAAGCUCCUCGUAAGCAGCUCGCCACCAAGGCUGCUCGUAAGUCCGCACCGGCCACCGGUGGAGUCAAGAAGCCACAUCGUUACAGGCCCGGUACCGUGGCCCUUCGUGAGAUCCGUCGUUACCAAAAGUCGACUGAGCUCUUGAUCCGCAAGUUGCCCUUCCAGCGACUUGUUCGUGAAAUCGCUCAGGACUUCAAGACCGAUCUCCGUUUCCAAAGCUCAGCCGUCAUGGCUCUCCAGGAGGCCUCUGAGGCUUACCUC